AUGUCCGUCAACAUCAGCAAGUUUCUAACUUAUUUAGAUACCCCGGCUGCCCCGGUUCCAAAUCCUCCUAAGAAACCUCACUUGAUGAACAUCAUGAGUGACAAAGACCAGAUAGACGAUUUCGCCUCGCUUUUUCUUCCGGACCUCUUGAAUGGCGCUGAUUCGCAAGACGACCCGCCGCUACCCGCCGGGUCACGUGACCAUGUUUCCCCUGCCGCCAGCUCCACCAGCUCUGGAAGUCUUCUCCGCUUCUUUGAGGCAUCGCAGCAAAACGGUGUUUUGGCCCCGCUUGCAGAAAUGACGCCGCCUCUCCGUUCAGCUCCCAAACCGAUCCAAAACUUCGGGCACGUGACGCGUCAUGUGACGCCACAAAACCCUGGUCACGUGCCGUACCACGUGACCCCUGUACCAGCUUCUGCCGCCGGUGGCCAUAACGUCUUCGUGCCGCCUUUCCACGACCCUUCUGAUACCGCCAGAUAUCGGGCGGAGCCCAGUGUCCCCCUGAGCAAUGCAUUCAUGAAAUUCACCACUCCUGGGCUUCCCGGAAUGGAUCAGAAUCUCAUCCUGGAGAUGCCCCUGGAUACUGAUCUCACUCCCACGGCCAGCAGCUUCAGUCACAACCUUCUGUCGUUUCUGAGCCUCGACAUGGGCUACAUGCUGCACUAUAUGGAUCCUUCGCUCUCUGAAGCUGCAUCCGUGCAUCUCCGAAGGCCCUGUCAGUACCCCUUAGCACAAUUCCAACACGAUUAUAACACAACAACUCAAGGUCAGUAUGAUCCUACCGCCUGGGCUUCCACAGUGGAGCCUGCCACGCUCAAUAAGGGCCUGCUAGAGCCACAACAGGGAAUCCGCUACUCGCCACAUGGCUCUGGUGGCUUAGACAUGUCUAAUGCCGAAAUCUUAGGUGAGACAGGGCCUGUAGGCCGUGUUUCGAAAGAUCGACGUGUCAAGACAGAAACAUCCGGUACUUUUGGCCACAAGACUAGCAAGCAGCCAAAAACCCCACUCUCGCAGCAAAAACCAGACAGCCUGGUAGUCUCGCCAAUCACUGUAGACUAUUCCGACAGCGCAUUGGACCAGCUUGUGGACCUAAAACCAAUGCAGCCAAUUACCGCUAGCCAGCCAGUAACCUCGGGCCAAGUUCCUGUCAAAUUUUGUCUACAGGGCUUCCUCAAUGGUCGUCUUCUUUCCAACGACCAGGACAACUAUAACUACAUCUUUCUGUCAGUUGGCACGGUUCAUCCUAACCAAGUGUACCAGCCGCAAGUUAUCUCGUGUUACAGGCGUAACUUCAUUAACCUACAUCUAUGCUUUCAUAUUGACUCGCCAUCAACAAGCAUGACAAUUGGCGAGGAGAAGAUUCUUCGCUUGCGUGUGGCGGUGAGUGCGAUCACCGACAAAGACAAAGCGGAACAAGUGGCGCUUUUGGCCAAUGAACAUCGAACAGACCCUAAGGAUGCGCGAAAGGCUGGAGACAGCUUGGAGGUGGAGCGUAUUGGUACUUCUCAUACAAUAAAUGUGGCCCAGUGCAAGCGCAAAUCAGUCUGGAAGGUCAAGAAGUUACAGUUUAAAAGUGCGACCGCGAACAGUACAAACCUUGUAUUUCAAACCUACUACAGGUUCUUGGUCCAAGUCUUUGCCGAGACCUCUACGGGCAGCCACGUCAUUGAGGAAUUGGCAAGUAGCCCAAUCAUCGUGCGCGGCCGCAAUCCAUCGUUCUACCACUCGAAAAAUGACAUAUUAAUCAAAGCAAAGUCACCUGGAAUUGCUGCGAGCUUUGGUCACGCGGGCUUCGCUGAAACUUUAGUCUCUGAUGAUCUUGCUGGCCAAGAGUCAAAUCCCACCAGCGAAAUAAGCACAAUGGCAACCGCACAAAAAAAUUCUAUGGAUGGGAGUGCAAUUCAGGAAAUGAAGCAGGAAUCACGAAGUCCUGAUUUGUUACUAAAACCUGAUACACCUUGUUCCGAGAGAGAAUCUGCACGAAGCGAUCACACACACACGAGCGAUGAUGAGAAUGAGCCCGUCGAUAUUUCCAAGUCGAAGGAGGAAAAUCGCGUAUUUCAAGCGCCCCGUGAUCUUCAAAAGAUUCUAGACUCUUUGAGCGAGAAGAAAUCCGACAAAUAUCAUUAUUUUCCAAUUCUGAGCGUGUACUACUUGCCUCCCAUCAACGUGGUAUAUUUUCCGCAUGCAGCUCACCACACAGAAUCAACAAGCGCCCCAGAAGAUGCAUCAACGACAGAGUCUGUGAAUAUACACACCCCAGACAGCAAUUCAGGAAAUGAGCGUAAAGCGAAUUCGAAGGUUUACUUUCGAUGA